CCCGGCCUAGUCCCAGCCCAGCCGCCCGCCCGCCUUCCUGCCCUCCGGCCCUCCUUCUGGCUCCCCGAUGCAGGGGGCCGAGCUCCGGGAGGGCGAGGCGGCGGCGGCGGCCGCUUCGUACCGCGUCCUGAGCCGCCUGCUGGGCUAUGGAGAAGCGGGCCCCGAGCCGGGCCCGGCCACGGCCGCGAGCACGAUCGCGCCGCAGCCGGCGCCGCUGCAGCUCCAGGGCCACCACGGCCACGGCCACGGCCCGCGCGCCGCCCGGCCGCCGCAGCUGAUGGUGUUCCGCAACGUGGGGCGGCCGCCCGAGGACGACGACGCCGCCGCCGAGGCGGGCCCCGAGCUGGGGGCGCCCCCGGCCCUGCUGUGCCCCCGCCACCGCUGCGCCCUGGACCCCAAGGCCCUGCCGCCCGCCUGGGGCCCCGCGGCCGGCCUGGAGGCGCAGCUGGCCGCCCUGGGGCUCGGGCAGCCGGCGGGGCCCGGCCUCAAGACGUGCCCGUGCCCCCCGCAGCCGCCGCCGCCGCAGCCCCCGCCGCCCGCCGCCGCCCCGCAGGCCGGGGACGACCCCACCGAGACGAGCGACGCGCUGCUGGUGCUCGAGGCGCUCGAGUCGGAGGCCGAGAGCCUGGAGACCAACAGCUGCUCCGAGGAGGAGCUCAGCAGCCCCGGCCGCGGCUCGGGCAGCGCGGGCGGCCGGCUCCUCCUGCAGCCGCCGCCUCCACCGCCGCUGCCGCCCCCGGGCCUCGACUUGCUGCCCCCCGUGCCCUUCCCGCUGCAGGACUUGGUCCCCGCGGCGCGCUUGAGUCGAGGGGAGCCGCCGCCGCCGCAGCAGCAGCAACCGCCGCCGCCGCCUCCUCCAGGGCCGCCGCCUCCUGCCGGGCCCCUCCGGCCGCUCGCGGGCCCGUCUUCUCGCAAGGGCUCCCUCAAGAUCCGCCUCAGUCGCCUCUUUCGCACCAAGAGCUGCAACGGCGGCUCGGGCGGCGGCGACGGCACCGGCAAGAGGCCUUCUGGGGGGCUGGCGGCCUCCGCCGCGAGCUUGACGGACAUGGGCGGCUCGGCGGGCCGGGAGCUGGACGCCGGGAGGAAACCCAGGUUGACAAGAACUCAAAGUGCCUUUUCUCCGGUCUCCUUCAGCCCCCUGUUCACAGGUGAAACAGUUUCUCUUGUGGACGUGGAUAUCUCUCAGCGGGGCCUGAGCUCUCCACACCCUCCAACUCCCCCUCCUCCUCCAAGAAGAAGCCUCAGCCUUCUAGAUGAUAUCAGUGGGACGCUGCCUACAUCUGUCCUUGUGGCUCCGAUGGGGUCUUCCUUGCAGUCUUUCCCCCUCCCUCCGCCUCCUCCACCCCAUGCCCCAGAUGCAUUUCCCCGGAUCGUUCCUCUUCGAGCCACUGAGUCCCUGCACAGCCAGCCUCCCCAACACCUCCAGUGUCCCCUCUACCGGCCUGACUCGAGCAGUUUUGCAGCCAGCCUUCGAGAGCUGGAGAAGUGUGGUUGGUAUUGGGGACCAAUGAAUUGGGAAGAUGCAGAAAUGAAGCUAAAAGGGAAGCCAGAUGGUUCUUUCCUGGUACGGGACAGUUCGGAUCCGCGUUAUAUCUUGAGUCUCAGUUUCCGAUCACAGGGUAUCACCCACCACACUAGGAUGGAGCACUACAGAGGGACCUUCAGCCUGUGGUGUCACCCUAAAUUUGAGGAUCGCUGUCAGUCAGUGGUGGAAUUCAUUAAGAGAGCCAUCAUGCACUCCAAGAAUGGAAAGUUCCUCUAUUUCCUGAGGUCCAGGGUUCCAGGAUUGCCACCAACUCCUGUCCAGCUGCUCUAUCCAGUGUCCCGAUUCAGCAACGUCAAAUCCCUUCAGCACCUUUGCAGAUUCCGAAUCCGACAGCUAGUCCGGAUCGACCACAUCCCAGAUCUCCCACUGCCUAAACCUCUGAUCUCUUAUAUCCGAAAGUUUUACUACUAUGAUCCUCAGGAAGAGGUAUACCUGUCUCUAAAGGAAGCGCAGCUCAUUUCCAAACAGAAGCAAGAGCUGGAGCCCUCCACGUAGCCAGGGCCCUGGUCGCCACUAAGGGCAUUGGCUUGCCGAGCUCUAGUUUUGAUGAACCAAAUGAGAUGGGGAGUGAGGGGAACCGAGGCCAGUGACUUGGAUGGCACAGAGACUCGGUUCUCUGGCCACCCUGGGGCUGGAAGAAGCACACAUCGUCCUACCCCUUGUGACCCCGGAACUGGAGGAGCACCUCAGAAAGCUGGACCAAGUCUCAGCACUGUUCUCUCUCAGAAGCUGUGUUUGGAUGUUCCCAUUUCUCAGAGUGGACCUCUCCCCCUGAGGGCCAGCUGAGGUGGUCCUGCCCUUUGUAUUGGCAGUGGCGCCAAGGUGUGAGCAGGUCCAUAUGGCGACAGAGGGAGCUGCUGGUGAUGGUCCCUGGAGCUGGUGCCAAAGGGCUGGCUGCAGGUCCUCAACAUGGAGGGGGCAAGAGGCGGAGCGAUGAAUCCGAAGUGCAGAUCACACGGGAGACAUCUGGGGGGAUGGGAACUAGCUUCUCUGUUUAGCUCACACCAUCACCCUCUUCAGAAGGAGCUGACUAGGAAGGAGGGUAGGUGGGCUCAGAGAUGACAGACGGGCUAACAAGGCCGCACAGCGCAUCCUUCUAGGCUCAGGAACUUGAUU